GAAUGCUUCAUUUGGUAUUUAUGCACAGGUUGACCUGAUGAUGUCUGACAAGCAACCUGCUAAAGCAAUGGCAUACAUUCAUGAUUUGAAACUAUUUUAUGCAGUAUUUACUUUCCCAGAAAAUCUACAGCCUGCAGUUCUCGAGCAAUGUGACAGGUAUUGUGUAUUACAUAUAAAUGCAGCAUGGACCCUUCUACAAUCUAUUGGCUACUCGAUAUUUAGUGAUGAACAGCGUAGGCUUUACUUGUAUGCAUCUUUAUUUCUUCCUGUGAGAAGUACGAUAUGCAUUGACAAAAAGUCAAAAGAGGUUCCUGUUGCGAGUUACAUCAUUCGUGAUUCUCUAAAACUGAAAGCUAGUGAUGCUGAAAUGGUAACAAACUUACACGUGGCAUGUGAGAAGUUUGUUGAUCUAAUUCCUUUUCUGGAGUCAAAUGAGGAUCCAGAAGAUCUUAAAGUAAACCUAGAAGAUGAAUACCUAGAGAUACCACCAGCUUCGACCAAACGAGUUUUGGCAGGGUUGCUGCUUCGUCAAAUAAAAGACUUUUGGCGCGUUGCUUUGUUAAUUUCCACUCUACUACACCCUAAGGCAAGUCAUACCUGUGAUAGUCUCAACAGUCACACUGAACUGGACAGAAGAAAAAUAUUUGGAAAAUUUGAGAGCGCAAUAACUCAACUUGAUCUCGACCAUGUGUGGAAAAUGAAGUUAUUGCUUGACGGGAAGGCAAUGAUGGGAGUUCUGCAGCUUAAAUUGGGAGGGCCAUCAAUUGGGAAAUGGCGACAAAGGCUGCUAAAGUGGCAGCUCGCCCAUCCGAACGGAACGAUGGAAGAGUGCAUUGAUUGGAUAAAGCAAUCUCAAGCGAAAUGCCAGAAAAUAGAUUGUUCCGCUUGAACAUGUUCCCCUUUGCGGCUUGUCUUCUGCCUAAUUCUAACUUGUCUUCGCCCUAAUUUAUCCAAUCAAAAUCCCCAGAAAUCUUGUGGAGUAAUUUACAAAAGCAUGACUUGAUUUGCGCAUCAACGAGUGGCAUGAAGCAUCAGUAUUUUUGCUGGAGAGCUAAGUUUACAGCUUGGAGAUUGUAACCAUCAUCCUCAUCUUGCGUGUUUUUUUUUUUUUUUUUUUUUUUUUUUUUUGUGGGGUGGGUUGGGGGAGAAGGGAAGGGGGAGUUUUGACAAACGUAUAUUAUUAUAUGAUCGUCCUUUCGUAAUACCUAUGGUUUCUAACGGAGGAGUUUGUUGUUGAAUUUAGAAAUUGCGCAGGUUUUUUUUUUCCUCUUAUGUUUUCUGAUGUGAAACUUAAAUUGGGCCGGUGUAAGUUUAGAUACAGAUCGCUCUCGCUAGACACGUAAAUCAUUUUUGACGACAUUAUGUUACUAAAGAUACAUAUUCUUUGAUUCAAUUAAAGAUACAUAGCAUUUUAAAAUUCA